AUGGAUCUGGGGGAUGACUUUGAUGACCCAUUCAAGGUUAAGGACCUGUGGCAGCCUUCUAGGUUUGCGCUUCAGCCUCUUAAGCCUCUCGAGCCCAUCACAUGGGAGUCGACCCUUCCUGAGAUUCCGAAGGGCGUUUUUGAUACCCAUCUCCACGUUUUUGACAAUAAUGAAUCGCUUCUGUAUGAAAUUAAUGUCUUCGGUACCGAAGAUACAGACGCUUCUAUACCCGAGCCCGAACCCGACCCUGCCGACAAUAUCCUCGAAACUGACACGAAUGAGACGACCGGGUCGGAAGUGAACAGUAAUGAAGCAGACAAUAUCUGGGGCUUAGAGUCACUAGAACUCCCUACAGGCUCUCAGCCUAAUCUAAGGUCUUGGGAUUCGUUUUUGAACAGUGAAUUUCAAGAACCAGUCUCCGCGUACUUGAGCGAAUUUGGUAACAAAGGCUUUGACGCGGCGUUGUCACAUCAAGCUACCGUGAGUGGUCUCGAGAAUGCCGGCCGUUUAAUCCGCACCUCCGUUUUUCUGGACUCGUUACUUCGUCUCGGAUUAGGAUGGAACUCAAUGCUCUUUCACUACAAUGAGGGGAAGAGAAUGUUUGAAAAAAGUAUACGUGAUAUUCGUAUCAGUGGAAUUGAACUUGCGACAUUAGACAGCAUGGUAGGGGACAUUCUGAAAUGCGGAACCCAUAUGCAAAGAAUGCGAAGAUUCGUGCGAAACAACCCGUCACUUUCCGAUCAACCAUCCGCUCUUACUGGCUUGGCCAGCGCGGCGUCUAUUAUGAUAUACAGUCUUGAAAAACAGUUAUCGAAACAAAUUGACCCGAGAAUUUCCUUGAUCCAGAUCCAAUCCUUGUUUCGAAAUUGUGGUGAUCUAGUGAGCACACUGGCUGAUAUCAUCUCUGCGGCUGAGAAAGCUACAAACGAGAAUGAGAUUAUCUCAGUGUUAUUGGAGAUAUGCGAAACCCAGGAGCAAAGGUUUCCCUGGUUGUCCAAAAUUUUACAUGAGAUCGUCCAGAAGUGCAUAAAACCAUGGUUGGUCUUGGUUGAAUCAUGGGUUGGGCUACGUAGCGAUAAGCCUCUUUUAGCUGAAGGGCAAACUAACAGGCGGAGUUUUGUCGAGUGGCAAAAUUCCCACCAGCUGGGCGAGAAUAAGCUUGAAACGGCAAGUAUCGAAUAUAUUUAUCAUCCCGAAAUGAUGCCGUCUUCCUUACCAGAUGAUCAAGCGCGUUUAAUAUUCGAAACCGGAAAAGCGCUUCGUUUGCUUAAAGAGAAUCAGCCAGACCACCCUAUCUCAAGGGAGGAUGUAGUUGAGAAUUCACGACCCCCCGGCCUCACCUGUGCUUUUUUAUGGACGGAUAUUGAACAGAUCCAACAGAAGGCAGCUGAUUACGAAAAUCAAUUGCGGCGAGAAAUUCUUAGAUAUCACAAAGGUGACACCUCUAGGUCUCGCCCUGCAACACGAUCUGGUGACACAAACGUCGGGGGGAACGAGUUUGAUGGAGCGAGUGGCACUGAGGAAUUUGAACUUAUUGAUCUCGACAGUGGACGGCAUAUAACUGGAGUUUUAGCAAAUAAUGACUAUGUGGAAGCCGAUAAUUUGUACCUAUACGCCGAAGAGAACGACUUACUGAAUCCGAAUUCUUCUAGCUCCACCGAAACGGCCUUUGGACCUCCUCUAGGUUCAGUGCUAUACCUUUCUUUAGCUCCUACAUUAGCAGUGCAAGCCCAACUUGUUGACUUCUCAUGUCUUCACCUUCUCUUCAAGCGACAUCAGCUACAGCAUCAUUUAAAUUUACAAUGGAGAUUCCAACUUUUGGGCGAUGGCGUAUUUGCCUCUCGCUUAUCACACUCUUUAUUCGAUCCUGAAUUGAGUAGUGGCGAGCGAAAGUCUGGCGUGGCACGCGGAGGUUUCAACACUGGCUUACGACUUGGUAGUCGAGAUACAUGGCCCCCGGCGAGUUCCGAAUUACGUUUAGUUCUUAUGGGACUUUUGACCGAGUGCCAUGCUGCCAUUGAGAACAAAGAUACAUUAUCAAUGCAGCCAGAGGCAAAAGAUAAUGAACUACCAGGGGGUCUGAGUUUUUCUAUUCGCGAACUGAGUGGAGCUGAGUUGAUCAAGUGCAAGGACCCAAAUGCCAUUGAGGCACUGGAUUUCCUUCGCCUCCAAUAUAAACCUCCAGCAGUAUUAGAGAGCGUUAUUACAACUCGGUCACUGGAAAAGUACGACCGACUCUUCAAGCACUUGCUGCGACUGGUUCGCAUGGUGUCUGUUGUCAACGGUCUUGUGCGAGAUUCCACUGCCAGGAGCUCUCUAUCCGGAGACACGCAUAAUAUCUUCCAAAAAUUCCGCGUCGACUCGUAUCAUGUGAUAGGAGCUUUGAACGAUUAUUUUUUUCAAAUCGGAAUCGGAUCAAACUGGAAACGAUUCGAAAGUACCUUGUCCAAAAUCAAGUCUUGCCUAGAUAGAGGUGAUAUUGACGAAACCAUCGAGAUUGCCGGUUCCUUAUAUCGCUUACGACAAUAUCACGAAGAUAUUCUCGAUCAAAUCCUAUUCUCACUGUUUCUAAGCAAGCGUCAUGAACAGGUGAAUAAACUCUUGGAGGAAAUGUUCGGAACCAUUCUUGCUUUUGCGCCUCUGUCUAGGCUUGAUGGAAGUCAUGGAAUCCGGCAGCAAAACGAAAAGACAGUGCAUCGACUUUAUGCCACUUUCAGAAAGCAAAUGAGUGUCUUUGUGCGUUUUCUUCGGGGCUUGGAUGGUGGAAAGAUGGCUUUUAAAUCAACCGCUACCCAGCUAGGCGGUAGUAGUAGCAUGUCUAUAAGGACUACGUCGAGUAUCUUUGAGUAUCUACUUGCGCGGCUUGACCUGAAGCAGUACUACUAG